CACCCCCAUAAAGCGCCCCGAUGGUAUCGUCCACUCCCCGGAAACGCCGGCGACAGAAAAAAGCCCGGUGUAUCCCAAGCAGGUGAAACACAUUUGUCAGCCAAAGUCUAACAAGGAGGAACUGUGACGUCUGUCAGCAGUACAGCAACAGUAACGCUGGACAAGCUUAAUAUCCUGGAGUUGAAUGGACAAGGCAGCAAGAAGUACACAGCCCAGCUAGUGAAGCCCAGUAAAGGUUCAGUGAUGCCUGUGGUGAAGAAGAAAAGGAAGCUUCCUGAUGCAGAUGAUAAUGAGCGCAAGUGUAAAAUCACAAGUUUCACCCGACCUCAGAUGCGAGGCGCGAGGCCUGUCACCGCUGAGAAGCUCUUCUCCAACAAGAAGUGCCUGGCGUGGUUCCAGGCGUACGCCGGCCCCGACAAGGUAGUCGGCCCGGACGCCAUGGAGAAGUUCUGUGAGGACAUCGGUGUGGAACCGGAGAAUAUUAUCAUGUUGGUGCUCGCCUGGCAUCUAGAAGCAGCAAGCAUGGGCUUCUUCACAAAAGAGGAGUGGCUCAGGGGAAUGACGUUAUUACAGUGUGACUGCACAGAGAGGUUACAGAGCAAACUGGAUUACUUGCGCGGUGAGCUCAACGACUCUGUAGUCUUCAAAAAUGUCUACAGAUACGCCUUCGACUUCGCCAGAGAUAAGGACCAGAGGAGUUUGGACAUGGACACGGCUAAAUCCAUGCUGGCCUUGCUGCUGGAGAGAACCUGGCCACUUUUCCCAGUCUUUCACCAGUUCCUGGAGCAGUCCAAGUACAAGGGGAUGAACAAGGACCAGUGGUAUAACGUUCUGGAGUUCAGCAGGACCAUCAACACAGACCUCAGUAACUACGAUGAAGACGGAGCUUGGCCAGUGCUGCUAGACGAGUUUGUGGAAUGGCAGAAAACUUGGUCGGCAUUGUAGCAGAUGAAGUCACAACACCAAAAGAAGAGUGGGGGGAGAAAAAAGAAAAAAAACACAGAACACUGCAGGAACCUCCUGUACUGUUUGAGGAAGAAGGAGGGGGGAAACAAACAGAUCUUACUUUGACAGACUUCAACAAUCUCACACACACACAAAUAUGGACUAGUGAAUCAUCCCUAUCCAUGUGGGAACAGGCCUUUCUCUCUUGGAGUUCACUUUUAUAGUGUUCAUUUGGAGGAAAGAAAACAUUCUUAAGAUAAGAAGACAAACACAAAGAAUGGACAGAGAGAAGAGUUGUGGAAUUUACGUUUUCUUAACUAUUUUUUCCAUUUUGUGUCUUGUUUAUAGAUGUUUUCACAGUAAUAAAAAGGAAAUGGAAGUAUUAUGAACCGCUUUGUAAUAAUUGGCAGAACACCUUUUUAAGUACACGCGUGUCUGGUGGGAAUUUGGUAAUUCAUGCAGUGUCUGGGCGUCCAAGACAAGAGCAGCUGAAACUUUAACCAUGAGAUGAGGGUCAACUGGCUUUUCCAUUUUAGAAAGAGAACCAAGGUGUGUGUGUUGAAUUUGGCUCUUUAACUGUGGUAGCUUACUGUGUGGCCCUGACCUGCUCACCUGCAUCUUACACCUCCUGGAUUGCUCAAAUGAGGACGUUAUUGUUGUUUUUUUAACCCAAUAAUUAUGGUUAGUUAUCUUUUUAUUCAUCAGAAAAUCCAUCUGUCCUUUCACUAAACCAGUCUAGACAAUUUGGCCUAUUACAUAUAAUCCAAUAAAAAUCUGUUUCUAAUUAAA